GUAACAACUUGUAUCCCGGUUGUUAGAAAAUAUUAUGCACCCACUGCCGUGGCACCAUCGUUAUAAUACAAAUGUUUGCGAGUUGAUUCCUAUUCAAUAAAUGUUAAUUGGAGACAAAUAGAGUAAAGAAGUUUAUUAUUUACUUGGAUUUCAUCGAUAUGUGCGAUAUUGGUGAUUCCUAGCUGCCUACUGCGUCACAGGAGAUGCAAUACUUCCAAUAUAGUCUGGAGUAAACCUACGCAAUGAACAUUGAGUGUUCAUCGUGACAAUUUUGAAACGAUGACCGGAUCUGCGUAACUAAAUUUGAAGACUGGUUUCUCCAACUUGCUUUGCCCUUGAUAAUGUGUGCUUUCUAAGGAAUUUAUUGAUAUUGUAAUGUUCAGCAUGACGGUUGCCAACUACCUAGUCGUUUUUGGUCUAAUGAUCUUGAUGCAAGGAGAUGUCUCCCAAUCCGUAGAAUGUUACGAGUGCUCACAUGUCAACGGUACAGGGUCGCCGGACUGCGUCGAGCCCUUCCCAAACCCCGUGCCUCUCACCAACAUCACCAUCAUAGAGUGUGAAAGAUAUUGCAUUAAAUCCGUCACCAUGGAGACGACAACAGAUGAGAUGGGAGGGGCUGUGAGCGAGUUUUACGCCACCUCGCGGACCUGCGGUGCUCAGUGUAUCGAGGCCUGCUACACGGCCGGUCCAGGCUGGGCAAUGGAGACUUGUUCGUACUGCUGCGAGGGAGAGCUAUGCAAUUCAGGGAAUCCUGUAACAAAUCGACUGGCGUUCCUGAUGACGAUUUUGCUCAUGGCAUGGGUAAUUCUCAUAUAACUUAUCGAAGCGGGAAUUCGAAUGAUGCCAUUUCUCGUUCAUUAUGGAGACAACAAAAAUCGUAAUUGCUAGUGCAUUUUAUAAAUCCACGUUAUUUUGUAAAUAUCUUAAUUUGUUACCAUUCCGUUUACAUGUCAACAUGGUUCAUAGUUGUAUUUGAUACUUGGAAAUGAAAAUAAAUGAAAUAAGAAAAAAUGAAAAA